AUGAAGCUUCUGCCUUGGCUACGGCGGCUACUAUGCAUAGAUCUAGGCCCAGUAACAGCAAACUGCUUAAUGGUGGUAGUGGCACCACCGAGGUGCCAGUGCCAUUGUGAGUCCGAGGCCCGACGAUCCUCGUGGAUGCUUCUUGUGGAGCUCCUCCGCACGAAGGUGGAGACGAUCCUGGUGAACGUGGGCGCGCAGUCCUACUCGAGCACCAUGGAUCGCGCUUCUCGCAUCUCGUGGCUGGGGUACCUCGUCUUCUACAGCCUGAGCGGCACAGGCAAGAAGGCGAUCUAUGGCACCCUGUGGGUGUUCGCUGCGGCGAAGCUGCUGCAGCGGGUCGCCAUCAACGAGCUGCUCAAGCGUUCCUUCACCUAUGGCAGGAACGCCGAGCAGCUCGGCUGGUACAUGGACCUGAUUCUACGAAGAAAUAAGAAGCAGGAUCAGCAUCCAGACGACGACGGCGGACCUGCGGAGCUGUUGAAGAGGGUGAAGAAGGCGGCGGUGCCCAUAGAAGUAAAGGAGUCCAUCGUGGAGUACCUAGUGGCUCACGUCGUCGUCGAUGGCGACAGCGACGCCGCUGCCCCUCUCAGCAACGGCUGGUCCACGCUGUGGUCGGAGAAGCACUGCAGCUCCCGGCACCUCUCCAAGGCGUGCGAGAGCAAGAGCCUCGCCGAGGUCAUCCUCACCUGGCACAUCGCCACCAGCUUGCUGGAGUUGAAGUACCCGCUGGAGAAGAAGGCCCGGAUGGGAGCUCAUCGUAAGGUGGCGACGACCCUGUCCAGGUACACUGCUUACUUGGUGGCCUCGUGCCCGGAGCUGCUCCCCGACGAUACGGAAGGGACCAAGCGUGUGUAUGCUAACGUGAAGGAGGAGCUGAAGAAGGUGAUGGGAGGGUGUUGGAGGUACCAUGUGUCUCUCGAGGGCACUGUCUACAACAAGCUGGUUAAUAUCGCACUCGCGCAACGGAGGAGGAGACGACCAUGGUGGUGCACAAGGGAGCACAGCUGGGGAACCAGCUGA